AGACCGUAGCCAGGCUCCAUAUCUGCGACGGGAUUAAGAAGUUGCAAUAGGCUUGGAAGGUGGGAGAUGGCGCUCACCGUCGCUGUAUAUGUGCCAGAACCAACCGACGGAACCACCGCCGUUGGGGACGUUCUUGAAGUACGAACAAUGCUGAUCGAGAACCUUGUAAUAUUGCUGGAUUUAGAGGACGACGAAUCAAUCAGUGAACUGUUGAUCGCGGUGAAUGUAUUUAAUUAUUUGGGCACCUGUUCACUUUGGACGUUCGCGACGGCCGAAGGAGAGUUGGGCGACACGCCGUCGUAUGUCUGUUCGAGCGUGAAUAUCAAUCACGCGCGCUCCAUGAUGUCGCAUCCCACCGUUGACGGCCAUCCGUUCUGACAGAUUUUUUUUCGUCAGAUCAUCCUAUACUUGGCACGAAUUUGUUCGUGGCUUGCCUCUGUCAAAUAUAUCUUCUUCCCUUCCCCGUUCGCGACGAACCAAUCGAGAUCCGUGAGCACAAUCGGCCACGACUUGCUUCCUGAACACAUGAUGAGCUUCGAGAGAGACGAGCCUCGGAGGCCCCGCUGCGCACCUGUGCUGGCUUUGGUAGAGAAAAACGGAAGCAUGUGGGCGUCAAUGAUGUCGAUCGCGUCGAGCACGUCCUGGGCACCACCGUUGGACUAUCACCCGCCCUCCCGGGUAAGUCAAACCAAGAAGCCGCGGCGAGGCAAAAGAACGCGCCUGGUAUCCAUAUGCCAUUUCCGAGAUCGUCACCGGGAUGCCGAGACCGGACAGAUUCGCCUUCGCUGCGAGAACCUGAUUGGCGAGGUCGCUCUCGCUCAGAACCUGCGCAGUCAGCCGUCGAAUGCCUCGGGAAGAACAGGGAAGGGAAGGAAGAGCGUACAUACCCCAUCAUACAGCGGCUCGCUUCCGAACUGCAGUGCCCGGGUCACGAAUUUGGCCUUGGGGUUCGAGUGCAAGGUCUUGAACAGUGCAGUCCGGCGCGUCUUCCACUGGUUUCCUCCGUCAAAUCCAAACUGCGACCGGGCCGUGCGCGUCAGUCGAUCGACGCGCGCAGAAGAAGUGGACGCUCGGACUUACCCAGAUGAGAGCGUGCACGCCGACUGGGAAGUGCAGGUUCCGAUCAGCGAAGGUGUUCGACCGUGUUUAUGGAAAUCAGACGCUCACUUCCGGCCUCCCAUGCUGCCUCGACCACAUCGUCG